CGUUUAAAGGGCUGUUCUCUGCCGGCCUGUCUCCGCCAGGUCCUAGAUCCCUCCAUGUUCUUUGCUUUCGGUUUCAAUCUCUGGACGCUGUCAGUGAAGCUGGGCCUAUUCCCGGGCUGUGUCAGUGCUGCAGAGGGGGAGGCACAGAGCAGCUGAUCCAACAUUGUGAGAGACCCUCCGGCAGGAUGUCAGAAGACCAUAUUCCAGUACAUGAGGAGUUCAUCUACUGUCUUGGCGCUGCUACACAAGUCCUUAAAUAUGGUCCUUGGCGGGAGCUGCAGAAAACCUCAGAUGAAGCCCCACCUAAACUUCUAUUUCUCAUCAUCCCAGGUAACCCGGGUGUAGUUGGAUUUUACAGGACAUUCAUGGAGUCACUUUACUGCGGUUUCAAUAGACAGUAUCCAGUCUGGACUCUCAGCCACGCGGGCCACUGUUCGCCACCUGCAGGGAUGGACAUGACCUGCGAUGGUGACGAGACAGAAGAUGUCUUCGGGCUUAACGGGCAAAUAGAACACAAGCUCUCUUUUCUGCGAGAGAACGUUCCAACUGAGAUGAAACUGGUUCUGAUUGGUCACUCAAUCGGGUGUUACAUUAUACUGGAGAUGCUGAAGCGAUCUGCAGACCUAAAGGUUUUAAGGUCUAUUUUGCUGUUUCCGACUAUUGAAAGAAUGGCUCAGUCCCCUCAAGGCAAAGUAAUGACUCCUCUGCUGUGCAGUCUGCGGUACAUUGUAUAUAUGCCCUGCUAUCUACUCUCCUUCCUGCCCGAAGUCAUGAAGACGUCUCUGGUGAAAUUUGCACUGCGUGGAAUCAAAUCUGUGGAUGAGGCUUGCGUGACGGCCUCGCUGAACCUCUUCAGAAUGGAGUGCGCAGUGAACGCUAUGUACAUGGGCAGUCAAGAAAUGGUGAACGUCAUGGAAAGAGACAGCGAGACCAUCAAACAAAAUUUAAGCAAGCUUAUUUUCUACUAUGGUGCCACAGACGCCUGGUGUCCUGUUCAGUAUUACGAAGAUAUCCGGAGGGACUUUCCUAAGGCUAAUAUCUGGCUCUGUGAGAAGGGGAUCAGGCAUGCCUUCGUCCUGGAUUCCAGCAAGGAAGUAGCAGCCAUGAUUAAAGUCUGGUUAAAAGAGCAAUCAAACAUCUGAGUAUUGCCCGGCCCAGACCCCGCUCUGGGCCAUGGACACGCAGGAGAUAAUUUUAAGUGCAUUCUUAAAGCCUAUUAAUUGCUCUUUGAGGCUGAUAAUCAGAAAUAUAAUGUAAGUUAAUGAACCAAUGCAUGCACUUUCUGAGAAGCGUUCGCCUGGCUUUGGAUCACGUCAAUCUCGACAUUGCCUGCAUUGUUUGUAGGUGGUAUUACUCGGAAAAAUACCAGGGAUCGCUCAUUAAAUACAUAGCACAAUGUGCUGCAGAAAAAACUUUGUUAAAAGUGAGGACAAGUUUAUGUACAUUAUAUUACCCACCACCCACCCACCUGUAAGCAGCAGCCGCUAGUGCUGGGCUGCAGUGGGGCCAGGGAAGCUGAGCAGCAGCAGUAGUCUCUUGUGUGAGCAAUCAUACUGAACGCCAUUACCCCUGGAUUUGACCUUGGCACCCCCCUGUUUAUCAGCGCUGCUGAUGCUCUUCUAUUUGUUAAGAGGUGUGGCCACGCUUCCUGUGAUUAGACCACGACCCCCAUCCCAAAAAGUACCCGAGCCUGUGCACUGUACGGCUCAGAGUGCAGGGUGUGUGGAAUACAUGGGCCCCCUUGUCGUAGAGGGCCCCAGUGCCAAACAUCCAGCACCCACAAUGCGUGACGAGCAGGGGGGCCCUUCCCAAAUACAGUACCUGCUGCUGGUGGACAUCUUUUUGGUGAUAUACUUCACACAGCAGAUGGCAAAAACACUGGCACUGAAAAUAUCACACGAAAGAUGGCCGCCAGCUGAAGCUAUAGUUGGGGGUGCCAUUGAACAUGGACCCCCCACCGCCGGCUGUUAAUACACCUUUGACAAGCAUUUAUUUUUUUUCAACAUCCAUGUACAUGACACCUGUUACUUCUGUAAUACGCCAAGUUUUAAUUCCGUUUUAUGUUGACUGUUGAUUAUUCGAUGGCAGUUGUUUGUUUUUAUCUAGUAUCGUUUAGAUAGACUUUAAAGUGAAUUAGAGCCUUUUCAUUUCUAGCCUGAACACGCUCCCUGCCAUUGAAAUGUUGGCUGCAGAUAAGCCCCAGAAGUGAGAAGCGGGAAAUGUGCAAAUCCUACAUCGGGUGGAGAGUUUUGGGAUGGUGAAUCUGUCUUUAAAAAAACAAAACCCAAUAAUAAAUCUAUGACGCAUCUUUCCGCUACAAUGCAUAUUCUGGCGAGGGAACAUAUAAAGUAACACUGACAAGUUUAAUAUAUGGAUGAUAGUCCUAAUUCCUUAAAGAAGUACAAAUGUAACUGAACAAUGACUAAUAGUUUAACAUACAGUACUGAGGCAGAGGCGGUCGCUGGGCGAGAGGGGGCUGGACGGCGG